AUGGCCAACGACGAAUACGAUUUCCUGUUCAAAGUCGUCCUCAUCGGAGACUCUGGCGUCGGAAAAUCUAACCUUUUGAGCCGAUUUACCCGCAACGAGUUCAACAUCGACUCCAAGUCCACCAUCGGUGUCGAGUUCGCAACCCGCUCAAUUCAGGUCGACUCCAAGACCAUCAAAGCUCAGAUUUGGGACACUGCUGGACAAGAGCGUUACCGUGCCAUCACCUCCGCAUACUACCGCGGUGCGGUUGGAGCCCUCCUCGUCUACGAUAUCAGCAAGCACCAGACCUACGAAAACGUGACGCGCUGGCUCAAGGAGCUUCGAGAUCAUGCCGAUGCCAACAUCGUCAUUAUGCUCGUCGGAAACAAGAGCGAUUUGAGGCAUCUGCGGGCGGUGCCAACCGAGGAAGCCAAGGCAUUUGCCAGCGAGAACCAUCUAUCGUUCAUUGAAACCUCCGCCCUUGACGCCAGCAAUGUCGAGCUAGCAUUCCAGAAUAUCCUGACAGAGAUCUACCGCAUUGUCUCCAGCAAGGCUCUCGACAGCGGCGAUGCACAGGCUACGAUCAAUGCCGGCAUUACGUUGAGCAAGACUACUACUGACGACGAUGCUUCGAAGGGCGGGAAAUGCUGUUAA